AUGAAUUACCGUUCACACUACACCUAUGAAGCACCGGACGAGUAUGCACAAGAGCAACGUAGAAAAGACAAAGAAAUAGUUUCUCGACGAAAGAUUCAUAAUCCAGAAUCCGAUGCGAUGUCUGAUGAUGAAUAUGACUUUGUUAACGGCCGAUUUACCCCUGAUACGGAGCUUGGUGAUGACGAGCUCUACAUGGAAGUCAUUCGACGAGAUAUCGACGUAGAAUCGCGGCUUAUCCAAGCAUCUCAACUUCUGUCGUCGGUGGAACAGAAUCAUGCUGCAACCAUCCAACCCAGCGCUAUGGAUCUUCGUAUCAAAGCACACUCCCUUGUCCACCAUGAUGGUAUACUAGUCUCAGUUCUACCGCCAAAGAAGCCGAAGAUCGACAUAAAUCACGUACCAUGUGAUAUCGUACUAGUAUUGGAUAGUUCCGAGAGCAUGCAGUUACCAGCCAAGAUACCUAAGUGGGAACAGAAUUCCCCCGCAGGAACAAGAUCCUACAAACUGGACAGGAGAUCAGGACCCGGCGAACUAAUUGGCAAACCGCAAUCCUGCAAACCCAAGCGUGUCAUUAAAACCGCCGCCAAAUCAAUCGUAGAUAUGCUCGGAGAUAAUGAUCGAAUCGGUAUCGUCACGUUUUCUUCCGAAGUUAAAAUAAAACAGUCCUUGGUACGGGCUACCAGGGAAAAAAAACAAGCAAUCAAGGAGGAAGUGGACAAGAUCAUGGCCAACGGACGCACAAACCUUUUUGGUGGGAUUAAAGCUGGUUAUGGUCUCUACGAUGAAGAACCCGAGAUGGACAGGAACGCCGUGAAGGUCAUCUUUGUCUUGACAGACGGCGUAGCAAAUGAGGAGAAUCCAAGUUCUUGA